GGUCGCGGGUUCACCUUGACGGGGAGCAAAACGGGGCAGCGGCAGGUAGACACACGGCACCUGCUUGUUGCACCCCAGCCGGAGCUGCCCGGGCACCCCCGGGACCCCCCCCCGGGCUGGGAGGCUGCAGCAGAGGCGUGGGAGGUGCAGGGGCCGGCGGCGAUGGCUGACAGCCACGGCUGGUGGAAGCUGACCUUCCUGCGGAAGCGGCGGUCGGUGCCCACGGUGCUGUACGAGAGCCCCGACAGCCACGCUGCUGCCACCGGCGACAGCCAGGAGGGGCCGGGCGAGGAGGGGCCGCCCGGCUUCGCCGCCCGCCUGGAGAAGAUCGUGGACAAGAACAGCAAGGGCAAACACGUCAAGGUCUCCAACUCGGGGCGCUUCAAGGAGAAGAAGAAAGUGCGGGCGACACUGUCUGAGAACCCCAAUCUCUACACUGCCAGCGAGCGGGAGGAGAAAUGACCCAGCCGGUUGUCACCCUCCGGCCACCACCACCGGCUGCCCAGGCCGGCUCCGCUCCAUCCCUCCCGGGGAUGCCGGACUGUGGGGCUUCGGAAGGAGAAAGGACUCUGACUGGAGUUUAUUUAAGGGACAAGCAAGGACCCAGUUUAAUCGCAGCCCCCCGGCCUUACGGCACCUCAGGGGCAGCAGGAGAACCGGGAAGCAGAGGCAGGUGCACCCUGUCCCUCCCAGCCCACCAUGGACAAGGGGAGCCCCCUGAGGCUGACUGGUUCAUACUGGGAUGAGGAUGCUUACCCGAGCUCAGUCACUUGCCGGGGACCACCGGAGCCCCAUCGUUCACCCAGCUCUGACCCGAGCACAACGGCCCCGAUCCCGAUCCCCUCCUGCCCAUCACUCCUGUAGGGGCAAGACCAGGGGACCCCCAGCUCAUCUCCCAAGCCUCAUCCUUGCCAGCAGUCACCCCAAAACCAGGUGAUGUGAUGCUUCCCUGCCCUGACGGAACAACUCCGUGGGCAAAUUCCCUCCCAAGCUGCCUCCGUGGGGACCGUGGAGGGCUCCGGGCUUCCCAGGAGGAGCCAUAUUCCCACUCGCAUCUGGGAACUGCACCCCUUCCCAGAAGGGGAGAGCCGACCAUGCAGCGCGGUGCCAGAGCCGGCCCCGGGAGCCACCACAGCCGAUCUCACAGCCCCGGUGUUUGUUCGGUUUGGUGGAAGCUGAGCCUUUAGUCAGCUCUCGUGACUGCUGAUAAUUAAUUAACUGUUGUUAAUAAACCAAGUCUGGAAGCAAAGGCAGCUCAGGGACACGGGCAGGGGGAGAGCUCGGCGGACCCCUUGGCCCCAGCCUGGCAGGGUUGAAGGGCUGUGGGUCCCUUCUGGGACCCCGGUGGGGAGCGGUGCCAGCUGCCGCCAACGCAGGGAAUCCCUGACCCUGCGGAGACGGGGGACACGCGGGGGUGGCCGUCCCCAGCGCUGCCAGCCCGGGGUGCCCUCUCUGCAGAGCAGGGUGCGGCCGUGCCUGAAGUCAACAGGAGCAACCAUUUCCCAGCUAUGACAAAAGCCAGAUGGUGCCAAGCGCCAGAGUCCAACCCCUUCCCCGUUCCCCGGCACAAACCCUGCGCCAGGGCAGCCCGGGCCCCCGGCGGCCCCCGCCCUCCGCUCUGUUUGCUCUGCCCGCACCCGCCGGCUCACAGGCUGCUCUUUGUCCCGGGCUGGCAGCGCCGGAGGGAUCCUGCCAGAGAGGGAAGGGAGGGAGCGGGGAGGAAGAGAGCUGUCAGCACGCAGCCGGUGCCCGUCGGCUCAUUUACGCCCAUCACUGUGGUAUCUGGGCUCCCACCACACUCCUAAUGCUGGGAUCGCUGGGAGACCAGCAAAGCCCCCAGCCUAUUCCUGGGGCAUCGAGCUGCCACCUUGUGCUGUCCCCUUGAGGUGACGCCGUCCCCACACUGACCCCUCCCGUCCCACUCGCCAAGGGAUGAGCCGGGACAGACCAAAGCCACCGAGUGAAGCUGUGACAGCAGGACAGGGUGUGUGACACCCCCCGCGGCCACCUAACCCAGCUCCCCCCACCCCAGGGCUGACCUCCCCACCGUCACCUCCCGCUGCCACCCACCGCAGGGCUUUGCCCAGCCAGGCACGGCCGGGAACCCACCGGGGGACCCCCUGCCCCAGCAAAGCCCUGGGGUACAAUCCUGCCCCAUGAGCCAGCGACUGGGAGAGCAAACACGGAGCCAGGGAGAGCGAAGGUUGUCAGGCCUGGUUUCACUGGGACGUGGCCCAGGGGAGUGAGGGCUGCCAGCGCCCUUUGCCAGGUCCAUGGGCCGGGAUCACCAGCUGCACCGAUCUCUGCCAGAGAGCACGGCCCGGCCCCGCGCGGGUAAAUAUUAACCCAAACCCACUGCAUGGCUCUGCACCGAUCAGGAUUUAUUUUUUUACCAAGCUCAGACAGGCAGCUGGGGGCGGGGGGGACAGGGAGUGGUGCCAGCCCAGCCCCCUGCAAAGAAGCAAGCUGAGGGUUGGGGUCCCAUGGCCCCGGGGAGAUGGGGUGCACUGGUGGCAGCACACACAGCCAGCCACAAACACCGGUGACACAGUGGUGACAUUAAAGCCGUAAUUCAAUAA